CUUAUCGGUAACCAAUGGAAUAGAGCCUAUUAGCCUGGUCUGUGCACAGUGCAUGAAAACAACACCUCUGGCCCGUGUUUUGUUUACGUGUGGUAACAGUAGGCUAGAGAAGAAAAUGGAGGUGCACAGUGAAAAGGACGAAAAGACCAAACCCAAGUCUUCCACAGUCAUUUUUUACGCUAAGGCGCUGUGGAAGUACGUUAAAGAUCAUGGACAAGGCACAUUCAGCUUCAUCAAAAUUGGCCUGCUGACAUUGUUUUUAUUGUAUGUUGCUGUUCCCAUCUUUGUUCGUGCAAACCAGUGGAUUUUACCCAAAGUUGUCUUUUGCAAUAUCUUGAGGUGGCCCCCUUUCAUCAAUUUGUCGCAUCCAAGUGAUUUUGGACUGAAUUAUACCAGGAACUUCUAUCUGCAUGUUGAAGAUGGGAUUGAUAUUGGAGCAUGGCAUACACUUCCUAAAAGCAUGCACGAUGAGAAGAAGAACAUUCCUUGGGAAUCAUUUGAGGAUGAGCUGGACAACGGGAAGAUAGUGUUCCUCUACCUGCAUGGCAACAGUGGCACCAGAGGCUCUUACCACAGAGUGCAGCUGUACAAACUACUGUCCAGGCAAGACUUUCAUGUGGUCACGAUUGACUACAGAGGGUAUGGGGAUUCUUCAGGGAGUCCUACAGAGAAUGGAGUAGUUGCUGACGCCUAUCACACAUACAAGUGGUUGAAAAAAAGAAUUGGGAAGUCCAAAAUAUUCAUCUGGGGACAUUCCCUAGGGACUGGAAUAACAACAAAGCUGACGAAAAAGUUGAGUGAUGAAGGUGACCAUCCAGCUGGCAUUGUACUAGAGUCUCCUUUCAAUAACAUACAAGAGGCUGCGUUCAACCACCCUUUUGCUUCGCCUUACCGGAUGCUUCCCUGGUUCGAAUGGAUAUUUGUUGAUGGAAUUGGAGAACAUGGGAUUUUUUUCAACAGCGAAGAAAGCAUUGAGUCAGUGAUUCCCAAUAUCAUGAUGCUCCAUGCCAAAGACGACUUCAUUGUUCCUUUUCAUCUUGGAGAAAAGCUCUAUGCAAGAGCCAAAGGCACGAGGCAUCACAAGACUGGAGAUGUUGAAUUUGUGGACUUUGAAGGACACCUUGGCUAUGGACACAAGCUGAUCUAUCAGGCCCCUGAGUUACCUGAAUUAAUUAGAAAAUUUGUGUCGAAGUCAAAGUGAUCAACACCGGUCGUUUAUGCUUGCCGUUUCUGCAGGAUAGCUCACUCAGGGAUGAUUGAAUCCACUCCAGAACAAUCUUUUGCCUUGUUAAUUUUGAAAAAAAAAUUGUUCUCCACUCAUGUUUGAAAUUGAAAUUCACUUUCUGGUUAGAAGAAAAUUUUUCACAUAGUGACUGAUCAGAUGUCCAAGGGAUAUACGCAGACUGAUUAUGCGAAAUAAUUUUUGUACAGCAGUCAUGUUUUAUCAGUUGCAGCAUAAUUUGAAAUGUCUUGUAAUCAGUUGAAAUGAGGUUGAAGUCUGGGGAAAUUUUUCCUCUUGAGAGUGAAGUUAAGUUGAAGUUUGGAAGUUAUGGACAUUUUCUGGGGGGGGAAAAAUCUGUGAUUUCAUUUGUGAGAGCCAGGAGAACAAAAGAGUGACAACCUGAACAAAAAUAUAUCUCAUAAUAUGGGAAAGAUUCUACAAUUAGUGACCCCAGCGUUAGAGUCUGUGGUGCAAUGGUUAAACAGGGAAGGUAUGACUUUGAUUUUUGUGUGGGGGAAGUAAUUUUAAUGGGUUUCUUUCUCUGUUUGCUAGGAUUUUACAUCCUGCUAAGGCUUGACCCUGAGAGUCAUUGUCAUACUCAAAAUUGUGUAAAAGGAAGUAUAAGAAAUUGAAAUAAGGCAAAACUGUUCUGUACGACUUCCUCCUCUUUUUCAUUGACUGCAAGACUAUAAAUUUGAGUUUUUGAUUAAAAAAAACAUUUUUUUUUGGUACCUUAGACUCUGUGAGCAUAGUAUAUUUAUCCCCUUUAUAUUGUGUACUUUUUUUGUUUGUUUUGUUUUAAAGUAAUAUAUGUGUCUGCAGAAGACUUUCACUUUUACCUCUGCACACUCACAUGAAGCAAAGAUAAAUACUGUAACACUUGUCUUAGGUUUUUUUUUUAUAUUACUGACUUUGAUAAAGGAGCCAAAAUCGGCUAUACGAAUUUUUUAUACAUUAUUUUGAAGAGGUUUAAGUACUAGGCAGGAUUUUUACCACUAACAUUCAAUUAUGUACAAUUAAUGUGAAUGAGGGAGACAUUUUUACUAACAUGAUUUUUUUGGGAAGAUUUUACCACUUUUUCGAGAUUUGUGUAUCUGAAUAGAGUCUUCACCUGUAAGCGGAGCUUAUGUUUGUGUUUCUCAUACCAUGAUGUUUAGCAUCAGAGAUUGAACCUCAGAUAAACAUAAUGAAACUCAUAUAUUGCAUAUUGCCGUUUUGUUUUUUCUGCUAUUGUGAUAUGAAGUACAGCUGCUGGAUCCUUCCACUGUCAUACAGUAGACCUUGCAGUUUCCAUUGUUUCCAUGAGUUUUUCAAUCAUUUACCGGUGGACCGUAUAAUAUAUGCUUGUAUUUUGUCUAGAUCUCAUUCCCUAAUUCCCUAAUGAGGAAUGCCUGUCUUUGUUCUUCCUCCCCCACCCCCAAUCCACCCAUGUAAGCCUAUUUCUCUGUUGCAUUUAUUUUGCCUCUUGGCCUUGGCUAAAUUUGUAAUAAGUGAACAGAGAUGCUUAUGAAUCUAUUAUAUCUUGUGUGCCUGACAGUUUAUACCUGUCAUGGACUUAAUGUCUCGACUGGAUUAUCAGCUGUGUUUUAAAAAAGAAAGUGUCUUUCUUAAAGACAGCACAUGUUUUGGUUUGUUUUUCAUUUAGGUGGAAUUAGAUUAUUAUAAAAUUGUUUGCAGUUUUGAGAAGACAGAACUUUAAGUCUUUCGGUAAGGUUUUGAGACACUGAGCCAAUUUGAAAAUUUUUGUUUGUUUUGGUCAAGUUUGUAACUGACUAUAGCAUUUUGCAUUGCAUUUUGUCUUGUAAACAAGAUUCCUUCUGAGUGGUUUUUGCACUAUUUUAGGUAUAGCGUGAGACAUCUUGUAUUAUUCCUUUGACAAGUAUGAAAUAAAGUGACAGAUUUAUAGGAUCGUUUGCCACCGGGAAUUUAGAUAGGAAAUUGUGGGAAUCAUUUCUCUUGAGCUUGGAUUAUUCUGAAAGCCAAGACAGAAGUAUACACUUUUGAAUAUAAUGAUAAAGGUGUCUUGCAUAGUAAAGCCCCUAAACAGCAAUAUACAGGUGAACAGUAAUCCAGGUCUUGAAGUGUAGUUUAUGUCAUGGUCUUUGCUAACUGCAAUUUGGAACUCAUUUACCUUGAACUGAUUCAAAAUUCAGCCUAUGGACUCCAAAGUGUGAUUUUAGUAUAGUCUUGCUUUUCUCAGACAGAUUAGAUAAAAAACUCUUGUUUCCUUGUAUGUAACAUUAUACAAUUUCAGGUAGAGCUUACGUUUCUUUGAAUAUCACUGUUUAGAAGAAAGUUAGCUUUAGAAGUUUUGUCAGCUUCCUAAGGUGUAUAUGAAAAUAGUGCUAAGUUUGAUAAAAUUCCAGAUGCACUCUGCAAAUGGAAGCUUGAUACCCAUGCUUUCAUGAAACCUGAUGUUUUUUCGUAUUUGUGAAAUAAAAGUGCACCUCCAACCCUUUUUAAAUUUUUUACUUUAUCAUAGAGCUAUUAGAAUUGCUGUCCAAGAUGGCCUUUUGUUGUUAAAGUAUUCAUGCUUUUUAGAUUCCUUACCGUAUUCAUUUUGUAUUCCUUGAGUAAUUUUAAAAACUUUCAUUACUUAUGUUGUUAUUGAAUGAGUUAAAAUUCUUUAUUUGUUGGUCUGUUUCUUUUGAAAGCCAGUUUCUUGUUUCAUCUGAUCUGAAUAUUGUUUGGCACAGUCUUAGUUGAGAUCUACUUUGUUACUUUUUGCUCAAAAGAGUUGGAUUUUGUUGAUGUUCUCAUACCAGAUUGUUUUCUUUUCUUUUUUAAAGACUUCAGUUCUGUUUUUUAGAGUUAAAAAAUUCUUAACAGCUAACUUAUGUUAAUUCAGUGCCUUGCUUGUUUCUUACAAAUUUCUGAACGUGAAUUAAUUUAAUUUAAAACAAAGAUUUAUUGACACUUGUAAUUUUAAGGAAUCAGCGGAAUGAAAACGUCAAAGGAUUACAUAUGUCAUUGUUGUAGCAAUUCUACUUCUAACUUCUCACUGCUGAGACGAUUGGGGUGUGUUACAGCAGUUUUUAAAUUUUUGGGAGGACUAUUUGUUGUUCUAGUUACAUGAAAAAACAGUAAUUUUCAAAGGUUUUUAAGAUUUUAUUUUAAAGUAAAUUUCAAGUUCAUUCGUUACAUUAUUCCGUUUACUUUGUUUAUAUAUUAGUUUAAAUUUAGUCUAAGACAUGGCCCUUUGUAUACUAAAACUUUCUCUUUUUUUAAUGUCAAAAUAUUAAACAAUGCAUUUUCAGGACAGAAGGUUAUUUUUAUGUUUUUGAUUAGCCUAUUAAGUUACUUUUCACCCUCACUGGAACUUGGUUAAUCUCUGGAUUGUAAGAGUACGUAUAAGGUUUAAUUUUAUUUUAAAAAUGUGUAUGUUUCCUUAAAGGCUAACCUGACUUUUCAAGAUGUAUAAUAUUUCUCAGGAGGAUUUCUUUCUGCUAUACAUUAUAUCUUCAGUUCUGUGUUUUUAGUUUGAGUUUUACCCCCAGAGUAGACGCAAGAUAAGUCAUUCCAAUGUUGGAUUACUUAUUCCCUACCUCGCUUAUUCAAGUACUUCAGACCCUACCGCUAUAGCACAACAUUCUUUUUAAAUUUGAAAAGUAGAAGUAUUGGUGUGACUUCAAUUUUGAGUUUGUCCGUAAUUUUGGAAGUGUGUUGAAGUGUUUAGUGGAAUUGAUCUGUUUUGGAGUGGAAUUUUUUAGGUCUUUUUUUUUUUAUCAUGUUGGGUUUGCAUAGCUUUUUUUCUUCUAAUUUUUGUCAGUAGGAAUAUUUCAACAAGGAGGAAAAUAUUAUUUUACUUUCAUUUAUGUAUUUAAUUGCUAUAAAGCGAUGUAGCUGAAUAAGGCUAUGAAACAAUGUUUGCACACUCAAUGCAAGAAAGAUAUUUCUACUGAGUUAAUGGUGUUUUUUUAUUUUUAACAAUUGUAUUUUAUUACUAAUUUGUUGUUGGUUUAUUUUUUUUAUUACUUGUCAUUGCCAGUGAAGGAUUGCUGACAAGUUUGGUUCCUCUGUGGAGAAAAAUUUGUGCAACACCUUUCACUUAAGGAAUGUAUGGCAUAAAUACUAAUAUUUUGCAUUUCUUGUUAUUGCCAAUAUUUAUGUUGUGGAUGAAUUCUUUUGUUCCCUAAUAUUUAUACUUACUUGUAAAUCAUGGAUGUUUAAUUAUGUGUAGAGCUUACUCUUGCAGUACUGUUAAGUAAAAGAGAAUAAAGUUUGAGCUGAACGUUGAAA